AUGUUAGUUAAACCAGGUGCUCUCUGGACACCCGAAUGCUCUCUACUAGCUCUCAUAUACGUGCCAUGUCUGCUGGCACAGUGUCCACCGUACUCAACUUUAUUGGGACUUUGCCUACCAAUUCGGCCCUUCUCUUACGCAAAAUCAACCAAAAGGCGAGGAUUCCGGCGUUUGCUGAUUUGCCUGGUGACGAAAGGUACAAAUGUACAGGUCAGUUCUGUGACCGUGAUUGAUUCAAUCAAACCGUGGAAAAAUUGCAAAAGUUCGGCGAAGAUCACUUUCCAUGUGGUUCUGGAUUCCAAUAUUGAUCCUUUCCAGAGGUCUUUGCCUAGUUUUGUGAACAUUUUGAAAGUGCCGCAAUUUUUCCAACCAAAACUUGCCAAAUACAAGGGACGUGCACUGGAAUGGUGUCGACAAUACUGGAAUCUAUCAGAAUCGGAUUGGGUUCUACACCUUGAUGAGGAAACUCAGAUCGAUGAAUACCUAGUGAAGGCAUGUCUUGACUUUAUCGAGCGAGGGGCAGAGGAUUUUGGAAUGGGAACAGUGCAUUUUACCGCUCACAGCUACUGGAAGAAUGCUUUCCUAACCACAGCUGAGACCUCUAGAGUGGCAGAAGACUUCGGUCGCUUCCAGCUUCCUGUUCGGCUGUUCAGGCGCCCAUUGUUUGGGUGUAUUCAUGGCUCAUUCCUUCUUAUAAACGGAGCGGUAGAAAAUGAUAUUACCUGGAACACUGAUUGUCUUGCGGAAGACUUCUGGUUUGGCUUACAUGCCGCGCGCCGUGGCUUCAAAUUCGGUUGGAUCCAUGCUGUUGCGCGAGAGCAAGCUCCGUGGGAUCAUGUCUAUACGGAACUGGGGCUCGAGGUUGCUGCUCAUGUUCUCAAUGAUGGGAUCCCUGGCCUCUGCCAGUCU